ACAGAAUGAUUCGUCGUGUGGUUUUGUUCGGUGCGGUGCCAGCGCUGAUUUUUUAUUAAUAUUUAAGUGCAAUUUUUUGCAAACCACUGCGAAAUUUCUUAGUCAAUAAAUUAACAGAGCGGCGCGUUGAGUCAAUUGAUAGAGCGCCACUCAGUUUCACCACAAGUGUUCAAUUUGUUGUUGGCAUCGAAAUUAAACGCGAAUGCGGCAAAAACAAAUACCAAUCGAAAUCGAAGAAUUGCAAAGCAAAUAAUCAAAUUCAAACAAAACGAAAACGGCAAAUAAAAAAAAAAAUAAAGCAAAAAUAAUCUGCAUUUAUAAAUGUUAAAUAGGCAUAGUGUAUUUAGGUGUAGGAAUUAUUAUUAUUAAGAGUAAACUCUCGAAACGAGAUUCGAGUUAACCGAUCCCCCGACGAGGGUGGAAAACCGUGAAAAGUGUAUUCAAGUGUGUGUAUGAGUGUGUAAAAAAAAUAAGAAAAAUUUGUGCGUCUGUGUAAACGAUGUGAAAAACCGUUGCCAAAGUGAAACAACACACAAAAUGUCUGAGCAACAAUUGAAGGCUGUUCCUGUUUCUGUUCCUGUUGUUCUUGCACGGGAUGCGUCGUAGUCAGAAGAGCCACAAAUCCAGUUUUAAACGAGGCGUGUCGGGAUUGAAACUGUAUCGACAUCAGCAACAACAACUACAACAACAACAAACGCCAAAUUGCUUUUGGCCCUUUCCUUGCAUACAACACGCACUCUCCCCCCUCUGCCACCGUCUGCUGGUUAUUCCUGUUUGACUUCAUUUUCACUCGCUGCCAAAUUGUUGAUACUUUCGCCACAAGGCUUAUAAAUAACAACACAAUUUUGGACAGUCAAAAUGUCGACGCGUUCGCAAUUAACCAAGGACCUAAAUGAAAGCGUCAAGUCUGUACUGGGCCGACACACGAAGAUCUUGGUCAAGUAUAUGGUCAAAUUGGAAACGAAAGGCGAUAAAACAGAGAAUCGUGUCUUGGUUUUUACACCAGUUCGCAUUUAUUUGCUCAGCGCCAAGGUGCCCACAAAGAUUGAAUGCCAUUUUCAUUAUCUGGAUAUUGUUGGCGUCGAGAGCAAAAAGUCAACACAUUUCUCAAUCCAUACCAACGAUAGGCCAUAUUCAUUUGCCACAACCGGCGAUGCGGGCAAUUUCAGCUCGAACGCUGAUGUCAUUCUAACCGAUUUAGCCUCGGCCAUUAAGCAAAUAUUUCCAACAGUUCCUCUCAAAUACAUUAUUAAAAAGAUCGAUAUACAACCGCCGGAGCGGGAGACCAUCUUCUCGGAGGAAUUUCGACCCUCGGAUCCGCGUAAUGUUGGACCCUGCGGAGGAUUCAGUGCCCAAUAUGCCUGCAUGUGCGAUUUCCAUGGAGUGCCGUACCGCGAGGAGGUUGCCUGGGAUGUGGACACCAUUUAUUUGUCCCACGACACGCGAUUGCUCAACCUGCGCGAUUUCGAUCAUUUGGAACCCAAAGACUUGAUGGCCAUAGUUUCGGCCCUGGAGUAUAAUACGUUUUUUCGUGGUCUAAAGGCGGCGCAUAUGCGUUUAUCGCAUGAGACUUUGGAACGCAUUCUGCACGUGCUCAAGCGCUCCAUGUGGCUGGAGGAGCUGCAUCUGGAGGCCUUAGGCUUAAGGUCGGAUUUUCUGAAUAAGCUAUCGAUAUCUGUGAUUACGAACAGCAGUCCAGCGAUUCGUACCAUCGAUCUGAGUCACAACAUAAUUGAGGAUAAAGGCGCCAUACAUUUGGCCGGGCCCAUUGCCAAGGUCUCCAAGGGUCUUUGUAAAUUGGCCUUGGCCCAUUGCGGUCUUACCUCAAAGGGCGUUAAUCAGAUGUCACACUCGCUGUCGCUCAAUCAAAGUAUUUCCAAUUCGCUCACCUAUCUCGAUCUAAGUGGCAAUAGUCUCAAGGAUGAUAUAACCAAUUUGCACAAUUUUUUGGCUCAACCCAAUGUGCUGGAGCAUCUGGAUCUGGCGUCGACUGAUAUUACGCUGGAGAAUUUGUUUGGAGCUCUGUUGCGCGGCUGUGCCACGCAUUUGUCGCACUUGAAUGUCUCGCACAAUUCGUUCAGCACGAAGAAGGGCAAGGAGAUUCCGCCCUCGUUCAAGCAAUUCUUUACGAGCACACUGAGCCUGAAGCAUCUCAACAUUGCCGGCUGCAAGCUGCCAAUGGAGGCGCUAAAGAAUCUAUUGCUUGGCCUGGCCUGCAAUGAGUCAACAGUGGGAUUGCAUCUCGAUCUCAGCAGCAAUACGCUGGGUACCCAAGGUGCCCAUGUCUUGGAGUCCUGCAUACACGGCGUUCGCGUGCUCCAGAGCCUGGACAUCAGUGACAAUAAUUUGGAUGCAGAACUGGCGCCAGUGUUGACUGCCAUCUCAAAGAAUCCCUCGAUCCGCACGUUGCAUCUGUGCCGCAGUUUGACGGGCAUGAAACCGAAGCAUAUUCCACCCGUGAUGGAUGCACUGGUCAAUCUCAUACAGAAGGAUGACUUUCCACUCGUGGAACUCGUGCUGUCGGAGAAUAAGCUGAAGCACGAUCUGCACGAUUUCAUCAAUGCUCUGGGCAGCAAUCAGAGCCUGCAAAAGCUGGACAUCAGUGGCAACUACAUGGGAGAUGUGGGCGCUCGUCUUCUGGCCAAGGCUCUGCAGAUUAACAAUCGAUUGCGAACCAUUUAUCUGGACAAGAACAGCGUCACGUUGCAGGGAUAUGCGGACAUUGUGUAUGCUCUGGAGCACAAUCACAGCAUGAGGACAAUUCCCUUCCCAGUGUUCGAUAUUGCGCCGCAUCUGAAGAAUCAUCCGGAGAAGACAGAUGCCGUCAUGCGAAAGAUGCAGGAACUCCUGCAACGCAAUUGCAAUGGCCUAGUGCGUGCGAAUGGCCAAGGAUUCAGGCUGCAACAUGGCUUUAUGCUCUCCUCGACACAUCAAUUGGUGGAUAAGUUGGUGGCUGAGACACAGGAUACCAUUUCCAUAGCUAAGGGAGUGGGUGAUAAUGUUUCCGCCGUGCAGCGUCUGAUCAGCGAUGCCGAGAACUGUAAACAAUUGAUGCCCAAACUGCAGGAGGCCGUUCGCAAUGAUGCCCAUCCCAUUGAGAUGAAGCUAACCCGUGUGGCCAGCGAACUGAGCUAUACGAUCAAGAGCUAUCUGGAGGAGACGCUGGAGACCAUGAUACGCACCGGCAUCGAACAGUGUCCCAAAACCCUAGGCAAUCAAAUUGUUGUUCAAGAUUUGCGUAAAGCUCUCAACGAGCGUCUGCAAAUACCCGAAGAUUUUCUACAGAAUUGUCUACUGAAUAAUGCCGGCAGCGAGAUAAUGAAUAAAGUUGGUGAGAUUGAACAAUCGCUAGCCGCCGCCAUAUCGGAUCGUGCCACAGAUGAGGUGCUGGAAGCGUUAACCCGCUAUCGUCGUGGACUCGGCAUUGCCGAAUCGCCGUCGGUGCUGCUCGACGAACCGCAGACGCCGGACAUUGUGCGCAGCCGUUCCAGUCAUGAAGCUGAGGGAUUAAUCAUACGACCCGGUGGACGUGGCUCUGUUUUGCCCAAAUUGGGGCUGGAAUCGCCCACUAAAUUGGAAUAUCUGAACCUUGCCACACCGCAUUUGCCCACAAAACGUCGCACGAUCACCCGCAAAGUGCGUCCCCAGUCUGUGGUUGAGAAUCUCAGCCUGAGUCACAUUCCCGAUCUGCUGGAAUCACCAUCCUCGCACCGUUCCAGCUCCCAGUUGUCGUCGCGCGGCGCUGCCGCAGCUCCAGGUGCAAUGGGCAUCAUUAACUCCACCCACAUGGGUGACAGCAUCGCGGCCAUGGAUGAUGCUGGCGUCGAUGAAUGCUGUGACUCGAUCACGGAGCUGCCCAGCGCCUCGUUCCAGCUGCAGCAUCUGGUCAAGGGUCGACCGAAGCGGGCCAAGACGCGUGCCCCGACACGUCCCUUGGUUAGCGCCGAAUGCGCUGCUGGCGUCUCACGAGACAUUGGCGAUGGCUUGGAGCACUUUUUCAGGCCAGGAUCGGUAACGCCCACAACGCUAACGCCGCUUGUUUCGCCCACAUCCGAGGAGUGCAGCUCGUUAUCCUUUGUGGACAGUCCAACGAUGAGUCGGGAUGGCAACGGUCACAUGACCUCCGAGGAGACCACGCCCAUCCUCGAGGAGCGGCGACCAAUCAAAUUGGAGCGUCAAUCGCCUCUGCUCAAGAGUGCUUCAUGGGCAACACGUUCGCGCUCCACGGACAAUCUGGAGAAAUAUUCCCCGUUGGUGGGUCGCAAAUCCCCAUUGGUGAAAAUGCGCACCGAGGGCGGUGCUGGCAACGAGGAAACAUCCGCUGCGUUGCCCACAAGUGGUCUGCUCAAGGCGAGCACGCGGGAUGAUAAAAUGCGCUCGCCCAGCAGCGAUUCCAUCAAGAGUCAUGCCACAGCUGGACUCGGUGGCGGAGAUAACAAUCUUAUAGUCAAGACGGGCAAUGGAAUCUUACGUACACCGAUUGCACUGCAUAAGCCACGUCCCUGGUCCGUUGUGGGCAGUGAACCGAAGGCCAACAGCGAUCUGGUCACCGGAAAUGGCAGUGUGGAUUCGACCAAAACAACGCCAGAUAUGUUGGAUGAAGAUGUGGAAGUCUUGCAUUUCGGACAGAGCGUUAGCGGUUCCAUUGUGGGCAUCACACCGGGCAUUGCCUUAGCAGCAGGCGGCAGCGGCGGUGGCAGCAUUGUGGGCAUUACGCCAGGCGCCGCCUUGGAGAAGAAAUCUGUGCGUGAAUUGGCAGCGGGACUCAGUCGUCUAGACCUGCCCCUCAAGCCGCCCAUAAUGCCCAGAACCAUGUUGAGUGGUGCCAAUCGCUCCAUUAGCAACAGUAGCAACAGUAGUACCAACAACAGCAGCAGCAACAGCACAACGACAACAACCACAACAACAACAACAGUAUUAAACAAUCAAACACGCUCAAGGAUCAUCAGCACGAGCAGCACAAACAGCGAGACACAGGAGACUCUGAGCAAGACAAUCAUCUCGGAACAAGGAAGAAGCCACUCCAGCAGCAGCAACUGCAGCAGUACCAGCUCCAAGAGCACGGAUCAUGCCAUGGCCUGUGCCAGUUUAAUAAGCAAUGAGAUUCUGAGCAUGCGCAAUGGACAACUCUCAGCCAAGUCUGGAGGAGGAGGCAGCAGCUGUGGAGAGAGCAACAUAAAGAGAAUUGCAGGCAAAGAGAUCUCAACGUUAUUUGAGGAGACAUUAGUUGAAGGCCUGCAACGCAGCUCGACGAGACGCACAUUUAGAGAGUCGCCCUAUACGAAAGAGGAUGUCGUUGAUUUAUAAAUUGUCUAUUAUAUAUGUGCUCAACUCAACAUUCCUUUUUCAACCCCGUAACCCCCCACAAAACACAACCACCAACAAAACCAAUCUAAACAUGAUAAUGAUACUGAUAAUAAUGAUAAAGAUUAUGA